AUAAAGUGAAUGUUAUCGUAAUAUUACAGGAGCCGGAUUAUAGUACUAGGUUUUAAUUUUUGCUUUUACUUUGUUCAAAUAUUUCCAGGGCUGCGCAGUUAGCUUUAACUUCCGGCAGUUUUUAAAACGAGAUUGUAGUGAUCAAACAGUGAUGUGCUGCGAUAAUUCUCGCUUUUCUUUCAAGAUUCACUUAUCACGCAGUCAGUGAUAAGUAGUGAACUAAUUGUGAUUAUGAUUUUUAUCAUAACGCUUCAUACAAGCUCUACUGAUGGCGCUGGAUUUUGACAGCACUCUGGAGAUGUUAGCAUGUGAGGCAACAAGAAAGAUCAGCACCGUUUUCUCCCAGGUGUCUUUGCUGCUGCUCGCUGAAAACAGGACUCUGAAGGCCAAAGUGGGACAGCUGGAGAGUGAGCUGAAGACCGUGACUGAAAGCUUUGAAAAUGCCAGAGUGUGGAGAGAGAACGUCCUGAAUGGCUGCCCGGUCCUGUUUAAGCAGAGCGGGCAGGUCUUUACCCUGAAGCCACUGGGAAAGUUAAAAAUAAGGGCAGAUAAAGUAGCAGAGGGAGGCCGCGACUCUUCACAAGCUCCUGCUGGAAUUCAAAGAGUCGGUCAAAUAUGUCCUCCUGCUUCUGCAGCUGCUCCAGGGGUGCAGGAUUUCACAGGACCAGCACCUCUUCCUGCUGCUGCACGAGUGCAAAGAGUCAACCAGACAUCUGAUGCUGCUGUGCAGAGCGUCUCCACAUCAUCUCCUGCUCCUGCUGCUGAAGUGGAUGGUGGACACGAUGCUGAUUCUUCAGGUUCAGAAGGUGGAGAGGCGAUGGAGGAGGUGAUGGAAGCAGUUUCUUUACCAGGCAAUGGACCAGACGCCACAGCAGAUUGUACCUCCGCGGACUCAGCUGAGCCCGAAUACACUGAGAGCCAAAAGCGUCUGGAAGCAGAGGUUUUGAAGAAAGGCAGAGUGUUUGUGUGUGACAUCUGUAACAAGACUUUUAACCGACUCUUCCACCUGAUGAAGCACAUGAACAUCCACAAAGAGCAGCGGCCUUUUACCUGCGACCAGUGCCCGAGAAAGUUCAGGAACGCUGCGACUUUUGAGUACCACCUGCUGCGACACGAAGAGAAGAAAUAUGCCAGCUACGAGUGCGAGCUCUGCCAGAAGAAGUUCAAAACAAAAAUGGGGCUGAAGACGCAUCAGGUGGUGCACACGGAUGAAAGGCCGUUCGCUUGCUCCACCUGCGGGAAGGGCUUCAAGACCAAAUACAGCCUAAAGUCCCACCAGCUCGUUCACAUGGUUGAGAAGCCGCACAAAUGCUCUGAGUGUGGAGAGAGCUUCAAAUACGCCUUCACCCUUCAGUGUCACAGAAGCAUCCACACUGGAGAGCACCCGUACAAAUGCACAGUGUGCGGCAAGGUUUUUAUAAAGAGACGAUCACUCAGGACGCACCAGGCGGUCCACAGAGGGAAGAUGUUUACCUGUGAGACGUGCGGUGCUGGCUUCACCCUGCCUCAGAACCUGAAGAGACACAUGCACAUCCACACAGGCGAGAGGCCGUUCAAAUGUAAGGUGUGCGGGAAGGGUUUCAUUCAGGCCAACAAGCUGAAAGCACACAUGCUCCUUCACGGCGCUUCAAAGCCGUACAUGUGCGACCUGUGUGGGAAGACGUUUCUGUACAACUGCCACCUGAGGAGACACCAGAGCGUAACUCACGACGAGAAGCACGGGCAGGUCAUGAGGAGACGGUCGUGGGAGCGGGGCAGGCGCAGAGUAAUCUACCGGCAGGAUAGGACGAUAGUGGACGUGACGCCAUUCAGCUGCGGCACCUGUCACAAGGGCUUCGACACUGCGUGUUCCCUGAAGAAGCACGAGCUCAUCCACACGGGUCACAUGCAGUACCGCUGCGACACGUGCGGGAAGUCCUUCUUCUACAAAGCCACCUAUGACUACCACCAGCGGGUCCACUCGGGAGAGAAGCCCUUCGGGUGUGACGUGUGCGGGAAGAGGUUCAUCAUCCGUCAGGCGCUCAAGAUCCACAAGCUGCAGCACUCUGGAGAAAAGCCGCACAAAUGCGAGCAAUGCGGCAAGGCCUUCCGCAUGUACACGAACUACCAGAGACAUCAGCUGAUCCACACCGGAGAGAAGCCGUACGAGUGCGAGGUCUGCGGCGUGAGGUUCAGGCAGCUCGGGCACGUCAAGUUUCACAUGCAGACCCACACGGGGGAAAGACCGUACUCCUGCAGCAGCUGUGGACUUGGAUUCUCAGACUCAAGGCUCCUGAAGAAACACAACUGCAGCGAGAAAUUCCAGAAAAUUUUGGGGGACGCACUCACAGCGUCCUGAUGGUGAGGACUCGAGCAAACCAGUCAUUGUCCACGGAGCCAGAUGAGUGAUGCAUUCUGGGAGCGUUGCUCAAGGCUGGGUCAUUAAUCAGAUUUGUAUUUUCUUCCAUUUUGCCUUCCAAUGAUUGUAAUAUAGUUGGCAGUCUUUUAGUGAUCUCUCAGCAUGACUUAAAAUAUGAAAACUGUAUUUAUACAUUAUAUAUUUAUUUUCACCUGGUUUAAAAUUUCAGUUUUCCUACAGUAUUGAA